AUGAGCUGGCUUGCAAGGACCAAAAAAUCAAUUCUUAUUAUUUUCAGCUCUUUGCUAUUUACAAGUUUCUUCUGAGUUUUUAUUGUCUACUUGGAAGAUAACAACUGAGAAAAUCACGAAAAUACAAUAAUUUUAAAAGACGAACCAGAAGAAAGAAAAAAAGCAGAAAAUGAUAGUUUCAGUCUUACUUUCAAAGAAUUUUUUGAUAAAAGUAAUCAGAAUGAGUCUCUACCUUAUGAUUUUAGCACUAUUAAGUCUCAAAAAUUAUCCGAAGAGAUAAUUUUUUACGAUGAAGAUAUAAAAUCUAAACCUCAACACCAAGGGUAUACUAGUGAACAAAGUGAGAUUAAAUUUAAGUACAAGAACCGAUCUUUAAGCUGCCCAUCAGAAGUGAGGAAAAUCUUUUCGUUAGAGAACAAUAAAUUGACUAUGAACUGCUUUGACUCUGAAACUCCUCAAUACAUAUUAGGAAUUUCUCCUGAUGAAGAAAUAAUUGGAAGUGUCAAAUUUCCAACAAAUUGAAGAGUUUAUACAUCUCCAUUAGAUAUAGGAAACACUGAAUUUGGUUUUACAAAAUGCAGCAACUUAGAGAAACAAGCCUGGCUUCAUAAUAUUUUUUCUGAAAAAAUUUCGGAAAAAUCCUUAAAUAAAGUAAUUGAAAUUGCAAAAGAGAGCAGAUUGUCUAAAAAGCUAAGGCCUCAGACUGUGCUAGUUUUACUUGUAGACGCUGUGUCCAGGCAGCAUUUUUAUCGGUCGAUGAAACGCACGGUUUCUUUUAUGAAUGAAAAUAUAGUAAAUGGAAAAUUUUCGCAAAAUCACACAGUUUAUGAUUUUGCUAAUGGGAAUGCACAUGGGACAAAGACCUUGACUAAUCUAAUUCCUAUGCUUUUUGGGCGCUCUUAUCUUGACCACCUUUCAGCAAUAAAUAAGCUUUCUUUAAAAAACAAUGGAGACGAAGCUAAAUUUAAGAAAGUUCAAGAAGAAAUUAUAUGAAAACAUUAUGAAAAGUAUGGGUUUGUUACUAUGCUUGGGUGGGAAACGAAAAUGGAUUACUUGGCUGAAAUGAUUGGAAGGAAAAUUUUAUGUGACCAUGUAGCUGCAAGUUUUUGACGUGGUGCAGCUUCAAUAGAAGGGUUUAAUGACUUCAGUGACAAGCAAAGAUGCAUCGGCCAUCUCCAUUCCCAUGAAUAUCUAUUAAACUAUACAGAAGAAUUCAUCAAAAAUUAUAAAGGACAUAACAAAUUCGGAUAUCUACACUUUUUGUCAGGACAUGAGCCGACUGGCUCAGUUAUACAAACUUUGGACUCUCAUUUAGCAACAUUUUUAGAAGAAGUUUUGACGUUUUAUGAUAAAAAUGAUGAAGAUUUAGCGAUUUUUCUAGCUUCAGAUCAUGGCCUACAUAUGGGGCCUUGGGAUCGAUAUGAAGCAGGAACAGUGGAAAUUGUAACUCCUUUUUCUUUUCUUAUUACUAGCAAAAAAUUACUAUUAAAACUUGGCCCUGACACUCAUGAUAUACUACUCCAUAAUACGCAAAGGCUAACAGGAAAAUAUGAUAUUUAUCUCACUUUAAAACAUUUAGCUUUAGCUCCAUAUGGAAAUAUAGCAAAUCAAUACCAAGAAUGAAAAAGUGGCAUUAAUAUAAAUUCGGCAGUUUCUUUAUUUUUUGAAAGAAUUCCAAAUAAUAGAACCUGUGAAAACAUAGGGAUUCCUUUACAUUUUUGCAAAUCUUUGAAAUACCAAACCAUUGAUUUGCAAAAGAUUCAUAAACUGGCAGACCAUAUUGCAAAAGAAUCUGUUAUUACGAUAAACAAAAAAAUUGCAAAAGAUAGAGCUAAGGAGCUCUGCUAUGAUUUAUCCUUUAAAAAAGUCCUUGAUAUUAAAGAAGAGACAAAAGAAAGUCAAAAUUAUUCUGGAAAAGUUUACAAAGUUACAUUUACAAUAAACGAAAGUGAAAUAACCAUUUUCAACACAAUUGCUUAUGUAGGGAAUUCGGAUAAAUACUUAAAAGAAAAUACAGAAAAAGAGGCCUACCCACAAUCAGAAUAUGAAAAUUUACAAGUACAAAUAAAAAAAAUAAUGAGAGUUGAUGAAAAUGACGAUUAUUGCAUAGAAUUAGCCAGUGUUAUUUUUACGAAAGGGCACUUUUGUAUAUGCAAAUACCCAAAAGAUUUUGACAUAAAUGCAAAUUUGCCAGCCAAAAUAAGAUCAUCACUUGAUAAAUUGAAGAAAACUCUGUCAAUAAUUAUCGGAAAUUCAGGCCAAAAUUGUACACAGGUUUGCGAAGAGAAUAAGAAGAAAUGUGAGAAAUGAGGGUUUUGGAUUGUAAAUGAAAAAGAGAUAUUGAAUGAGCCUUGAAGAGCGCAAUCAACUUACCAAGUUUUAAAAGAUAGAAGGCAUGUUGAUUUUAAGAAUCUUCAUGUAAAUGAUGUAGAGAAAGGAGAGCUUCCUGGGCUUAUAAAUGACCAAAAUAUUUAUAAGUUUGUGAGGAAUGAUUCAGGAAACUUUAGUUGUGGUACGUAUAGCGAUAAAAUCAUGCCUAUAUGCCCAUGCACGCUUCAUUCGUUUGAAUAUUAA